AAUAAACUUUUAGUUGUAAAAAAUUUUUAAACUAAACUUUCAUCGAAUUUCAUCUUGUUAGUUCCUUUGAAAUGUUUGAUUGCUGCGCAAAUCAUCUUAGUACUUACAAUUUCGACUUUCGAAUUAGAAAAUCAAAUGAUUUCUCUAAGCGCACAACUAAUAUAGAACAGACUGACGAGCCACUUAUAAGUAAUCACUAUUGGAUGCCUCUUCAGGCAAAUGGAAUACAAAUUCAAAGCAAAAUUUGGCCUAAAACCUCCAUAGAUGUUGAGGAAUAUACACACUUUGUAAAACGGUUGGAAAAGUGUAAAAAGGAAUUGUAUAAAAUGUUUUUCAAAUGCCCGGAAGUUAAUACAAAAUUGAUAGAACAAAUGUUAAGAGAUUUGGAAAAAAGCACGUAUAUGGUCUCCUACUCCCCAAAUGUUUUUCGCUCUUUAAAGGAGUCUCAAUGCUUCUUAAGAGGAGCGCACGGAAAGAGCAAUAUGAAGUUCUACGAAACUACAUACGGCACUUACUACAAUCGUGUUAAAGAAUUAGAACGUUUUAAGGAAGUACUUUACAGUAUGAUUCAGAGAGGUCUAAGGAGGGAAUUUCAUGACGAAUUGAAUAAACUGUAUAUGACAGGUUUAAGUACUUAUCAAAUGAGCUACAACAUACCUGCCUUGGAGCAAGCAAAAAAGAAAAAAACAAAGGAUGGUCCAGUUGAUCGUUAUACUUUACGACGAGUGUAACUUCCUACUGAGUCAUACAAGCAUACCUAAGUGAAUAACUGUUAUGUAGUUGCUAUAGUAAAUUUAUGUACUUACACCUCGUCCCAUUCGUGGAACAGCGG